CUAAUCGAUAGCAUGGUAGCAGUUAUUGCUAUAGUUCCACACGAGCUCUACAAUCACAUCAUCUUCGACUUUUGCACGCGAUACUGGUAAAGGUCAGAACGGGAUGGGAUUCAUAGUCGCUCGCUAAAGUGGUCCCCCCUUUCGGCAUGGAAGCGAACUACAUGAUUCAAGAAUCCAACAGCACCUAGUUCAUUCCGAAACAGGAUUCGAUUUCGAACCUCUCGUGCUUCCAUUAUCCUCUUCUAUUGCGAUGUCGCUAACAGAUGAAUCUCCAUCCAACUCCCUCCUUGGACACGAGAGCGAACUGGAACCGCCGCGCUGGAAGGAAGAAAGUCGCAAGCAUAGAACCAGAUCUUGCUCUCUGGUCUUUAUAGCGACGCUUCUGUUGAUACCGGUGACGAUAUUGUUUGUCUUGUACCUUCCGUGGACUUCUGCUUCGAAAGCGCCGGCGCCAGACUUGACAACUACUCCUGAAACUGUCUCAGUGGUAGGGCCGACGAGGGAUCUCAGGCUCUUGCUUCGUCCAGAAGAUCAUGUGUCGCGUGAUCCGACUAUUCAAUAUUUUUCGUGGAAUAUCACUAAAGGAAAAAUAGCUCCGAAUGGUGUUCAAAAGGAUGUGUUUCUCAUAAAUGGUCAAUUCCCGGGACCUACGAUUGAGGCUCGGUCUGGGGAUGUCCUUGAGAUUGAGGUCUUCAACUUUGCGGAAGAGGGGAUAUCGCUUCACUGGCAUGGCUUACAUAUGAGAGGCGCAAACCAUAUGGAUGGACCUGUUGGAAUCACGCAAUGUGCUAUUCAGCAUGGGCAAACCUUCACUUACCGAGUCCCGAUCGACGAGCAAGCGGGAACUUUCUGGUAUCACGCGCAUUCAGAACUUCAAAGAGCAGAUGGCCUGUAUGGAGGGCUAGUAGUCCACAACCAUACCACGCCACUAGAAAAUGUCUCUUAUCAGUACGACAAAGAACUAUUGUUCUUGGUGGGCGAUUGGUAUCAUUGGCCAUCUGACAAGGUCUUGGCUAAUUUCAUGGAUCGAACGAGUAUGGGAACAGAGCCGUGUCCAGAUUCUCUCCUCGUUAAUGGACUCGGCUAUUUUGAGUGUGGAAUGGCUACGCAUGGUUCUCCUGUGGAUUGUAGUGAGGUUGAAAAGCCGUGGAUAUUGCUGGAUAAGGUACUUCGGUAUAGAGUUCGACUUGUGAAUGUUGGCUCUCUGACCGGCUUCUCGUUCACCAUACCGGAUGUAGAAAUGAAGGUCAUUCAAGUCGAUGGUGGUGGGCAAGUGGAAAGCUCGGAACUUGUCAACUCAGUAGGAGUGUUGUAUCCUGCCGAAAGAGUUGAUUUGGUUGUGUCGUGGCCAGAGACGGUUGUUGAUACUGAUACUAAGAUUAUCGUUGAGUUAGACAAGGAAUACUUCCUCCGACCCAACUUCGCCCUCACACCCACGCAAUCUUUCCUUGUCUCCCCAGCCUCCCUAACUCCCCAACCCCCAAACAACACAACAGGAACCCAUCGAUUCAACCUCCGCGAAGCAAAAGGUCCUCCACUCUUCACACCAUUACCCGAUCCCGACAAGCUCUUCAUGAUCUACACCACAAUCGAGAUCCUAAACCGCCUUGGCAGCCGCCCCCACGGCUUCAUAAACCACACCACCUGGGAACCCCAAGCCGUCCCCCUUCUCGCUUCUCCGCGCGAAACCUGGAACGAACACCAACUCAUCCCCUGGACUGGUCCCGAGCCCGUCUGGGUCGAAUUAACAAUAAACAACAUCGAUAACUCGGGGCAUCCUUUUCAUUUGCACGGCUUCGAUUUCCACCUCAUAUCCUCAUACGAAGGCAAAGGAGGCUGGGACUACUACAACCCAUUCGAAAGCAAACCUCCGCGCGGCGGGGCGUUCAAUACGAUGAAUCCGGUGAGGAAGGAUACGGUGUAUGUGCCGCCGUGGGGGUACGUUGUGAUUCGGUUCUUGGCGGAUCAUGAGGGCAUUUGGGCGUUGCAUUGUCAUGUGAUGUGGCAUGCGGGAAGUGGGAUGGUGAUGGGGUUUCAGGUUUUGGGGGAUGAGGGGGGUCUUGGUGGUGGAGAGAUGGGGAGGCAGGCUGCGAUGCUUUGUGGGGGCUAA